AUGGAUUUUAUCGAAGAGGAGGAAGGCCGUAUGCUUUCAACAACGUGGGAUACACUUUCUAGUGAUUCGAAGCGAAAAGCGAAUUUCUUUCGAGAUUUAUCCCAGAUCUUGUUGUCUUUGGCCAGAAGGCCAUUACCUCACAUAGGCUCGUUGACAAUAGACAACGAAGGCGUUGUGAGUCUUGCUAAUCGACCAUUAUCUAUCAUCAUUCCAGAAGCAGAAAACGACAGUUGCCCGCCUGUUGUGAAACGCAGCUACAUUUACAGUACGGUCGAGUCAUAUGUUCUUGACCUAUUCCAAUAUCACGACAAUCGAAUUCGAUAUCAGCCCAAUUCUGUCAUCUCAAAGGACGAUGCCGUUGACCAAAUGGAAGCCUUGACUUUGAUGCGCGCUUGUUUACCUGAUUUUGUAAAUCGCUAUUCACGUUCUGGGCCGUUUUAUUUGACUCUCACGGACCUCCAUCAAAGCAAUAUCUUCGUCGAUGACGAUUGGCAUAUCAAGUCAAUCAUCGACCUGGAAUGGGCCUGUUCCAGACCGAUUGAGAUGCUCAGGCCCCCUUUAUGGUUGACCGGUCAGGCAAUUGAUUGUUUGGUUGAUGAAAAAUUGACAGAUCUCAAGCUCGCGCUCGACGAGUUUUUCUUCAUAUUAGAAGAGGAGGAGAAGCGAUCGAUGCGUCCUUGCUCAUUUUCAGUAGCCAAUCAUUUUCGCGAGAACUGGGCAACGGGUCGCAUCUGGUAUUUCCGGGCCUUGGAUUCCUUAACGGGUCUGUAUGGCGUCUUCUUGAAUCAUAUUGAGCCGAUGUUUGCAUCCGAUAUUACAAAAACUGCAGCUCGUUACUGGCAUCCGGACGCUGAGAACAUUCUCCGAAGAAGGGUUGAGGACAAGCUUGAGUACGAUCUACGAUUACGGCAAGCUUUCGAAGAAGAUCUAAAGUCGGAGGGCUGA